AACCUAAGUAGGCUGUUUAAGUUUAAUUAUUUGUGAAUACCAAAUGGCCGGAACAAAGUCUUUCAUCUCUUUUUCUCAAGGGGGGAAGAGUAUACUAAACACUGAUCCCAUCUACCCUAUUACCCAAUGUAUUAGUGUGUGUGGGAAAAGAACAACACUAAGUGUGCCAACGUCCUUUUCCUCUUGCAAGAAGAAUUCGAAAAGUACUCUAAGGGUUGCAAGAGCUACAUUGGCUAUGGAUUUCCUGGAGGAGGAAGUUAAGGUUGAAGUCUCCUCGAUUUUGAAGGUAACAGCAACAGUUACCGUGAAGAUAAGCAACGACGUCUCAUUGGUAAAGAUCCCAUGGCCAUAUUCACAAAAUGAUAUGGAGCCUGUGGAAAAGGGUGUCCGUUUUCGACUUGUUAGCACUGAAUUAGAUCCAAGUACCAUGAAGCCAAAGGUGAGCAAGGAAUGUGUAAAAGAUUGGAGCAAAUGUCCUACUCGCAAAGCUAUCGGUACCGGGUGUUUCAGUUUUGAAGUUGAGCUGGUAAUUGAUGCAGACUUUGGAGAACCAGGGGCCAUCCUAGUGGGAAACAAUUAUGAAAAGGAAUUGUAUGUGGAGACCAUCUCUCUGGAUGGUUUUGUCCAUUUUUCAUGCAAAUCUUGGGUUCAACCAGCUCACAUUAGCAAAGAAAAAAGGAUAUUCUUUUCCAACAAGGCAUACUUACCAAGUCAAACACCUAUGGGGUUGAAAUUCUUGAGAACUAAGGAGCUCAAAUAUAAGAGAGGUGAUGGAAAUGGACAAAGAUUGCCUUCCGACAGGAUAUAUGAUUAUGACACUUAUAAUGAUCUUGGAAAUCCUGAUAAAGGACCUGAAUAUGCAAGGCCAACACUAGGAGGUGAAACAAACCCACAUCCCAGACGUUGUCGCACAGGACGUCCCUCCACGAUUGCUGAUGUAACUAGUGAAAUACCAGUGAAUACCUUGAUUUCUUCAACAUAUGUGCCACGAGAUGAAGCUAUGGAGGGGACUAGGCGCAAUGAUAUCCAGAUGGGAAUUUGGAAGGGAGUGCUGCACAACAUUCCACCCAUGGUGGCCACCUUCUGCAAUGAGAAUGAUGUUUGUAUGGACUUCGCAGAUCUUACUCGUCUUUAUAGGAGUAGAUCAGAAGCAGAGAUAAAUGUAAAUAUGCAUGGACUAUUAAAGUUUUUGGAUAUAAGUGGAUCUAUUGAAGAAAUAUUCAAGUUUGAGACUCCAAAAAACUUGUCCUGUGUAACAAGCUAUGAACAAGAUGAUCAUGAACUUGGCCGCCAAACACUUGCUGGGAUGAACCCUAUUAGCAUAGAAAAGUUGAAGGUAUAUCCCCCUGUGAGCAAACUUGAUCCAUCGAUAUACGGCCCACCAGAAUCAGAUCUUAAAGAGGAACAUAUCAUAGGCCACCUCAAUGGAAUGUCUGUACAACAGGCCUUGGAUGAAAACAAGCUUUUCAUAUUAGAUUACCAUGACAUUUACCUACCAUUUUUGGAGAAGAUAAAUACUCAAGAAGACAGAAAAGCAUAUGCAACCCGUACAAUCUUCUUCUUGACAACAAUGGGAACUCUAAAGCCCAUUGCAAUCGAGCUUAGCCUUCCUCCUAUUGACACCAAUAUCCCUUCAAAACAAGUUCUCACUCCUCCAGUUGAUGCAACCACCAAUUGGUUGUGGAGACUAGGCAAAGCUCAUGUAUGCUCUAAUGACAAUGGUGUUCACCAACUUGUCCAUCAUUGGUUACGAGUUCAUGCGUGUAUGGAACCAUUCAUAAUAGCCACUCACCGAAACUUGAGCAUAAUGCAUCCGAUUUUCAAGCUUUUGAGUCACCACAUGGAACAUGCACUUGCAAUAAAUGCGAUGGCCCGUGAGAGUCUUAUAUCCGCAAACGGGAUUAUAGAAUGUGGCUUUUCUUCUGGAAAAUAUAGCACGGAGAUGAUAAGUGCUGCCUAUCGUGACUGGUGGCGCUUCGACUUAGAAGGCCUUCCUGCAGAUUUGAUACGAAGAGGAAUGGCAGUAUGUGAUGAGACAAAGCCCCAUGGUCUGAGACUCCUCAUUGAAGACUACCCAUAUGCCAAUGACGGGCUCCUUAUUUGGUCUGCAAUUCAAGAGUUGGUGAACACAUAUGUUAAUCACUACUACCCAGAUGAAAAUGCUGUUAUAUCUGACAAAGAACUACAAUCAUGGUAUAGUGAAGCCAUUAAUGUGGGGCAUGCUGAUCUUCGUGAAGCUAAUUGGUGGCCUAAACUAAGCAAUCCUGACAGUCUUACCAAGAUAUUGACCAUUCUAAUAUGGACUGCUUCAGCACAACAUGCGGCACUUAACUUUGGGCAGUACCACUAUGGUGCAUAUGUUCCGAAUAGGCCACCACUUAUGCAAAAACUUAUACCCCAACCACAUGAUGAUGAGUAUGCAAGUUUCAUGGCUGAUCCACAGGGCUAUUUUCUUGCAUCCUUGCCUAGUUUAUUUGAUUCAACAAAAUACAUGGCUGUAAUUGAUAUUAUCUCAGCACACUCGCACGAGGAGGUGUAUCUUGGGGAGAUUAAGGAUGCAUACACUAGGUGGCCAGGUGAACCAGAUAUUAUUGAUGCAUUCUACAGAUUUUCGGUGAAUGUUAAAAAAAUUGAAAAUGAGAUACAUAGAAGGAAUGUUGAUCCAAGGCUUAGGAACAGAUGUGGUGCUGGUGUUCCACCUUACGAGCUGCUCAUACCAACUUCAGAACCUGGGGUUACUGGAAGAGGUGUACCAAACAGUAUAACAAUAUGAUAAAAUGCUGGUAUCAUUAAAUCCAGUGCAGCAUAACGAUAUGAUAAAAUACUAGCAUUUGUUUUAUCAUUAAAUCCAGUGCUCCCUGAAAGUUUCGGUCCGAUGUCUUUCUUUGAAUAGAAUAGACGCGCACCUAAUACAUUUCUGAUUUACGAGUAGGAAAUGAGCUCACGUAGAUCAUAAGUAGAGUGAGUGGUUACUAAUAUCUAACUCUUGUACAAGACUGUUUCUGCAUAUACAUAUAUAAAAUUGUUUCUGCAUAUACAUAUACAC